GCCCCCUCGUGACGUAGAAGCCCCGCCCCUUCUUGUGAGGCCUCAGAAGGAAGGCGGGAGAGAGGAGGCGAAGGAGGAGGAGGAGGAGGAGGGCCUGCCUGCCUGGCUGUUUCCCUCAGCGGGGAUGCGCGGGGGCGCGCCGGGAGGGUCUCCGCCUCGUUCUCCCCCUGCGCCUCGGGCCAUGGAGGGGCCCCGCGGGGUAGCGCCGCCGCCGCCGCCGCCGCCGAGGAGACCGGCUCCGGCUCCCCCUCAUCGUGAGGAAGGCCCCUCCGAGCCCCCUCUUCCGUCCUCGUCGCGGCCUCGCCCCUCGUCGUACCGGGCCCUGCGCAGCGCCGUCUCCACCCUGGCCCGCCUGGACGACUUCUUCUGCGAGAAGAUCGGCGCCGGGUUCUUCUCUGAGGUCUUCAAGGUGAGGCACCGCCAGUCGGGGCACAUCAUGGUGCUGAAGAUGAACAAGCUGAUGAGCAACCGGGGCAACAUGCUCCGCGAGGUGCAGCUCAUGAACCGCCUCUCCCACCCCAACAUCCUCCGGUUCAUGGGCGUCUGCGUCCACCAGGGUCAGCUCCACGCCUUGACGGAGUACAUCAAUGGAGGGAACCUGGAGCAGCUGCUGGACAGCCCCACACCGCUGCCCUGGCCGGUCCGCAUCAAGCUGGCGCUGGACAUUGCCCGCGGCCUCCGCUACCUGCACAGCAAAGGCAUCUUCCACCGGGACCUCACCUCCAAGAAUUGUCUCGUCCGGUGCGAGGACAAUGGCUACACGGCGGUGGUGGGAGACUUUGGCCUGGCGGAGAAGAUCCCCACUUACAGCGAAGGGGGCGAGAAGGAGCCCCUGGCGGUGGUGGGGUCUCCCUACUGGAUGGCCCCCGAGGUCCUGCGCGGGGAGCUCUACAACGAGAAGGUAAGGCAGAAUGGAGGUGGGGUGGGGGAUGCACCCUAUGGUAGUUUACCUCCAGGUGGCCCAGUCUCCUUGCAAGUGCUCCUUCCCAAUGAACUCCCUUCAGGUGUGGGUCCAAGAGAAAUGGACCUGGAUGGGAACGGGCCCUUCCUCUCCGCUCUGGCCUGGAAUGAAGAAGUCCUUCUACCUCUCUCUGUGUCUUUUCUACAGGAUUUUGGCCUGGACGUGCCCGCCUUCUGCAACCUGGUGGAGGCCAACUGCCCCAUGACCUUCCUCCAGCUGGCCUUCCACUGCUGCAGCAUGGACCCCACGUCGCGGCCGUCCUUCCUGGAGAUCACGCAGCGGCUGGAGGCCGUCCUGGAGCAGCAGCUGGCCCUCCGAGACGCCAGCAGCCCCGACCAGACGAGCAGCAACGGCAGCUGCCGGGCGAGGAACCUCCCUGGGAGCCCAGUGGCCCUGCUCAACGGUCAAGCGCCCCAGGGCCCAGCCUCUGCCCACCCGCCGCCCGGCCUGCUCUCCGUCCAGCAGCUCCUCCCCGUGGACCAGCAGCGCCUCUCCCGCAGCCAGUCGGACAUGUUCCCGGCCCCUUCGCCGGCCCCUGCCCCUCCGGACAGCACCCCGCAGCGGGUGAACCCCUUCUCGCAGCGCCAGGACCUGAAAGGGGGCCGCAUCAAGCUCUUCGACACCCCCAGCAAGUCCUUGAUCUCACUGACCUUCGACCUCCCGCCACCCUCCCCGCUCCAGCCUGGAACCCCCAUCACCCCAGACCCGGCAGUGGAGGCCCAGUGCGACUUCUCCCAGGCCGCCUCCUCCCCCUCCUCCUCCUUGUCCACCUUGAGCCCCCGCCGGUGCCGCUCCCUCCCGUCCUCCCCAGAGAUGUCCCAUCGCCGGGGGGCACCCCACGCGGACCCCCCUAACCACUGCGCCAACGGUCCCUUGGCACUGGACUGCAGCCGCCUGGAGGCUGACCCCGAGACCCCCGAGAUGAUGGACUGCCGCCCGGAUGCCAGCCCGGACCCCGAGCCCCCCGCUGCCCCGGCCCCUCCUCCGCUGCCGCCGGUGACCAACAGCAACUGCAUCAGCACGGCCGUUUCCCGGGCCCCGCGGCUGUGGCCCCCCAACGGGGUCCUCCUCAACAACAACAGCAAGGCCCCCGGCGGCUGGGGCGGGUCCCUCUCGGAGCUGAGCGUGGCCCCCCACAUGGACGAAGGGGGGGUGCCGGGGGAGCGGGCGGCGCUGGCCCUGGGGCCCCCCGAGGGGAGCGUGGCCACCGCUGACCCCGAGGAGGUGCUGUCCUGCCCGGCGUGCUGCCUGGGGCCCUUCGGCUUCAGCCUGGCCUCCGUCUGCCACCGGCCCAGCGCCAGCAGCACCCCCCGCUACCAGAACCUCAACUGCGAGGCCCGGAGCCUCCAGGGCCCGGAAAGAGUGGCCCCGGGCCCCCGCAAGGGACCCCAGAGGCCGGCGGCCCUGUCCUCGGAGCCCAGCCUCAAGCUGCCCGAAGCACAGUCCUAACUACGGCCGGCCUGGCCGGGCGCCCCUUCGCCGGCCUCACCUGACCUCCUCCCUCCUCCUCGUCCAGUAGCGGCCUCAGGAAUCCAACGGGGCAAGAAGGGGGCUGCCAUGGUGGCGUUGGUUUGACCGACCACCUGGUCAACGAAGCGUCUUGAGGACAAGAGGGCAAACUGCCCAUAGCACAACCUUGAGAUGGCUGGACAGACGCUCUGUCCAAACCCAGCUGUGGGUCCGCAGUGGAGCCCCUCCGCUGGCCUUGCGUGACCUCGAUGCCUUUUAGUCCUUGGGUAGCCUAAGGGUCCCAGGGGCUAUUCUGGCCAGACCCAGCUUGGCCAUCUUUCCCUUGCGGACG